CUGCCAUUAGAUCUCAAUAUCGUUUCUCCACGGUCCACCUUGCAAUAUCUCUCUCUCUCUCUCUCAAUUUGUGAUUGAGAAGAACAGGUAUGUUUCCUUUCAUAGAUCCAUUCUCGAAUCUUCUCUUCUUCAUUCUGCAAUUCGAUUUCACCGAAAUCCGAUUUGGUUUCUACUCACAUCUGGUUGUUAUCUACUGAUUCUGAGUUUACUUGUUAAACUAUGGGUUCUGCACCAAACAAUAUUGAGAUGGAGGAGGGAACCCUGGAGGUUGGAAUGGAAUAUAGAACUGUCUCAGGUGUUGCUGGACCACUGGUCAUCCUAGACAAAGUGAAGGGACCCAAGUACCAGGAGAUUGUUAACAUUCGUUUAGGAGAUGGAACUACCCGGCGUGGACAAGUUCUGGAAGUUGAUGGUGAAAAAGCAGUUGUCCAGGUUUUUGAAGGAACAUCUGGAAUUGACAACAAAUACACAACUGUGCAGUUUACUGGAGAGGUCUUAAAGACACCUGUGUCUUUGGAUAUGCUUGGACGCAUCUUUAAUGGUUCUGGCAAACCAAUUGACAAUGGUCCUCCUAUUUUACCUGAGGCUUACAGGGAUAUUUCAGGAAGUUCUAUCAACCCUAGUGAGAGAACAUAUCCUGAAGAAAUGAUACAGACAGGAAUUUCCACAGUAGACGUCAUGAAUUCAAUUGCUAGAGGGCAGAAGAUUCCUCUUUUCUCUGCUGCUGGUCUUCCUCAUAAUGAAAUUGCCGCCCAGAUCUGUCGUCAGGCUGGACUGGUGAAGAGGUUGGAAAAAUCUGACAAUCUUCUCGAGGGUGGUGAAGAGGACAAUUUUGCCAUAGUCUUUGCUGCUAUGGGAGUCAACAUGGAAACAGCACAGUUUUUCAAACGUGAUUUUGAGGAAAAUGGAUCUAUGGAGAGAGUAACACUUUUCUUAAACCUGGCCAAUGAUCCUACUAUAGAGCGUAUUAUUACUCCCAGGAUUGCUCUGACAACUGCAGAAUAUCUAGCAUAUGAAUGUGGAAAGCAUGUGCUUGUAAUUUUAACUGAUAUGAGUUCGUAUGCUGAUGCUCUUCGUGAGGUAUCUGCUGCCCGAGAAGAAGUGCCUGGAAGACGUGGAUAUCCUGGUUAUAUGUAUACCGAUCUGGCAACAAUCUACGAACGAGCUGGACGUAUUGAAGGCCGAACGGGCUCCAUCACACAAAUUCCAAUUCUGACCAUGCCCAAUGAUGAUAUUACACAUCCAACCCCAGAUCUUACAGGUUAUAUCACUGAAGGACAAAUAUAUAUUGAUCGACAGCUUCACAAUCGACAGAUAUACCCACCAAUCAAUGUGCUUCCAUCCCUGUCUCGGUUGAUGAAGAGUGCCAUUGGUGAGGGUAUGACUAGGAGGGAUCAUUCUGAUGUAUCCAACCAGCUGUAUGCAAAUUAUGCUAUUGGCAAGGAUGUCCAGGCAAUGAAAGCUGUGGUUGGAGAAGAAGCUUUAUCUUCUGAGGACCUGCUUUAUUUAGAGUUUCUUGACAAAUUCGAGAGGAAGUUUGUUAGCCAAGGAGCAUACGACACCCGCAACAUAUUCCAGUCGCUUGAUUUAGCUUGGACACUCCUUCGUAUCUUCCCUCGUGAGCUUCUCCACCGUAUCCCUGCAAAGACCCUGGAUCAGUAUUACAGCCGUGAUGCUUCUAAUUGAAGGAGCCGGCUUUGUAGUUAACUACCUGUGUGAUUGCCUUGGAAUGAGCUUGAUGAUACGUAUAAUGUGGUUUUCCUCGUUAAAAUAUGAAUCUCGUUUCAGCUCAACAAUAAAAGCUCUCUCUACUGGGUUCCCAGAACCAAGGCUGUCCGGCAUUUGCAAUACAUUUAUAUUCUUUUGAGAACCAGUCAAGUCGUGGUGUAAUUUAUUGUGUUGUGUUAUCUGCAGAUAUGGCAGGGUUUGGGUUCCUUUUAAAAUUCUACAUCAGUUGAGGUUUCUAGGAAUUACAAAACCUUUGUUAUAUAUUGUGCUCUUUUUUUUUGUUUCAUGUUGGACCGUGAACUAAUUCUUUGGCAUCCUUUUUGAAUAAUGCUGCCUUUUGUGAGCUUCUUCUUUAAUAAUGACAACUUCAGUUUAAGAUA